CACGAUGGAAGCCUUCAACUUUGCGACGUCGCUUGACCUGACGGGGCUCCCCGUCCAUGUUCGAAUUGACCGUCUGGACGGAAACCAAAAGCCCAUACCCUACUCGGUCCUGCUGAAGCGACCAGACCUGAGGCAUCGAGCUUCAAUCAUCAACCCGCACUUCGAGCUCUAUGUCACGGCGCAGAUAUGGGCCGACAGCAAGCCCCUCACUGUGCCUGUUCAGACCGCCUACAAGUCCUUCAAGAACGCGCGCAUAUGGAACGAAUGGCUGGAGCUGCCCGUCACAUACGCAAACCUCCCCGCGUCUGCGCAAAUCGCCAUCACCAUAUGGGACCUGUCGCCUGCCGAGGACAAUGAGUCAAACCAACACGCGGUUCCCUUCGGUGGCACCACGAUACCGCUGUUCGACAACGACAACACCCUGCACAAGGGCAGGCAGCGCUGUCGCAUACACCGUUUCAAGGCCGCCGAUGGCCUGACCGACUCCUCAACUCCAUGGGUCAUACCGCCAGCGCGCAGGCCCAGAAACGCACAUGCGGUCGAGGACACGGUCAACGAGCAGGUCGCCGAGAUGGAGAGGCUGGAGGGGCUGCUCAAGAAGCAGGAGAUGGGCGAUCUACCGACAAAUCACUGGCUCGACGGACUGGUUUACAAGAAGAUGAUGCAGAUCAGAAAGGACGCCCUCAAAGCCGAGGCGGCAGCUCUGAGCCGACAGAGCAAGCCAAACAGCACCAACGACACGGCUCAUUCCGAUGAGCAGGAGCUUUUCUACCUCGACAUCGAACUCCCUCGCUUCGAUCAUGCCAUUGUCUUCAGUGAUGUCGAAUACCCGCCUCCACCCGUCUCCGACAUGCGCCUGCCCGCUGAAGCCGACGUGAGGCUGCGUCCCCCACCAGAGGUCUCCUUUGGGCCGGGCAUAGAUAUCGAUGGAGUAGGCUAUGGCGAUGCUGACGCGGGGCGGCUCAUUAAGAUUUAUGAUCCCGAGAUCGGACGAAGAGUCAACCCCGCUGAAGACAAACACCGCGAGUUGAUGCGCAGCCAGCAGACUGAUUCGCUGGACCGCGAUCGCAAGCCGAACGUGCAUGUCCGUGAUAAGCUGAACAUGCUCCUAGCCAAGGGUCCUCUUGAGGAAAUCACUUCGCACGAACGAGACGACAUCUGGAAGUUCCGGUAUUUCCUACUGCGCGACAAGCGUGCCCUGACAAAGUUUGUCAAGUGCGUCAACUGGAAGAAUCCACGAGAGGUUCGGCAAGCAGCGCCUCUGCUGGACAAGUGGGCGGAAAUUGACGUCGACGAUGCUCUUGAGUUACUUGGACCUCACUUUGACCACCCUGUUGUGCGAAGCUAUGCCGUUGAACGCCUGAAAAAAGCGGACGAUGAAGAACUCCAGCUGUACCUUCUACAACUAGUGCAAGCACUCAAGUACGAGGCUCCAGGUGAGGGAGAUGACUCAUCACUUGCGCGGUUCCUGGUUACUCGUGCUGCCAACAGCUUCACACUGGGUAACUUUUUGCAUUGGUAUCUCAUGGUCGAAAUCAGCGACUUUAGUACUGACCAGGAGCCUGAGCAUCGCGAUCUAUUCGCAAAGGUCGAGUACGAUUUCAUGGUCGAGCUGGAGAAAACUCCAGAAGGCAUGGAUAUCCGCAAGACUUUCCAGCGACAGGGCGAGCUACUCACCAUCUUGGCCAAGAUAUCAAAAGACGUGCGCUUUGGUGGUGGGGAUCGCCCGACAAAGCUCGCCCGCCUCAAGAAAGCCAUUGCGGACCCCAAGAACGAGCUGACCAGCUUUGACCCGCUUCCACUACCCCUCGACCCUUCAGUGUUGAUCACAGGUAUAUCGACCGAGGACUGCAACGUUCUCAAGUCAUCAUUGCUUCCCAUGGUCCUGUCGUUCAAGACGACAACGUCAACACCCUACCCGAUCAUUUUCAAGACUGGCGACGACCUCCGCCAAGAUCAGCUCGUCAUCCAGAUCAUCACCCUCAUGGACCGUCUACUUCGAAAGGAAAAUUUGGAUCUAAAACUCACACCGUACCGCAUCCUCGCCACUUCGACGUCGGCGGGAGCUUUCCAGUUUGUACCCAGCAUGUCCAUCGCAGCAGCAUGCCAAAAGCACCGGGGCAGUCUACUGGCCUAUCUGCGCGCCAACAACCCCGAUGACAGCGCUCCACUGGGGGUAAGAAAAGAAGCAAUGGACAAGUACAUCAAAUCGUGUGCCGGCUACUGUGUCAUAACCUAUCUGCUCGGAGUGGGCGAUCGUCAUCUUGACAAUCUGCUGCUUGCUCCUUCGGGGGCCUUUUUCCAUGUCGACUUUGGGUACAUACUGGGUCGAGACCCGAAGCCAUUUGCGCCGGCCAUGAAGCUGUGUCGAGAAAUGAUUGAAGGAAUGGGUGGGGUCCAGCACCCCAAUUACCUUGCCUUCAAAGAGUACACAUACACUGCCUGGUCGACGUUGCGCAAAUCCUCCAACCUCAUUCUCAAUCUCUUUGCUCUCAUGCAAGGCGCCAACAUACCAGAUAUCAAGAUUGAGCGAGAGGGCAGCGUGAGAAAGGUCCAGGAGCGGCUGUGGCUCGGCAAGGGAGUAGGUGGUGGCAAGGGAGAGGACGAGGCAGCAAGAGAAUGGGAGGGGUUGAUAGAAGAGUCACUGGGCGAUUGGAAGGCUGGUGUAAUUGAUUGGGCCCACGAAUUUGUCCAGACGUAUUGGCGGAAGUAACAUUGGCGGCUAGAGGGCGAAAGAGCUACGACAAGAGCAACUGACCAUGUGCGCUGUCUGUACGGCCUCAGGCCUACGCUAGCUCGGAGGGAUUCCACGGCUCAAGCUGCGUCUACACAACCAUGACGUCUUUCCUGCUCCUUUUCCACAGCGCUAACCUCUCUUGCAUGUCUCAUCUUCACAAACUUCAACAUGAUUGUAUUAUACAGCAGGAACAGGGCCGCAGCAACAACGGAACAUGCCGAAGUGACGACGACGGUCACGCGUGCGGUGACACUGAACUGGCCGCCCUGGGCAGAGUAUACAUUGACAAUUGUCGAAAUGAGGCCAGCAAUGCUGUUUAGUAAUGCGGGCAGAAAGAUUCUAUGGAUGACCCACACGUAGUUGUUGCGAUGUUUCCACCACAGCCAC